CGGACGUCUUUGAGCGAAGACCACAGCCCUUCUCACCUGAAAUAUUGAGGUUUUUUUUUUUUUAAAAGAGUGCGAGCUGAAAACCAUGAGUCACCUCAACCCAGGACUUCUUUCAGCGUACAACAGCCUGACAGACAAACAUCUGGCUGGAUACUUCAGCAACACUCGGAUCAGGAGACACCUGCAGAGAGCAGGACUGAUCACUAGGAGUGGGCGCAUCGUUCCAGACAAGGAGUACAGACACAAGCUGAUCCAGAGAGCGCACCAGAGACACGUCCGAGAAUGCCUGGCCCAGGCCAUUUUCCACAAGGUGCUGGAGAUGGAGCGUGUCCAUCAAAUAGAGAUCAAAAGGAAACUGGAGGAGUUUGCGAGGAGGGAAAGAGUGCAUAAGAUCAAGGUGGAGCGCUCUAAAAGAUAUGAAGAGGACAUCAUCCGCAUCCUGUCUCCACGCCCACCCACGGGUGCCAGGACCAUCCGAAAACAGCACUCUGGGCCAGAAGGGGAGAACACUGAAUCCUCAGAGUCUCCGGGCUCGUCUCGGCCCAACACAGCUCCGGGGAAGAUGCAGAGGCCGGUGCGUCUGAAGCCGAUCCACAGUAACAGCACCACAGCUUCACUCAGACGCAGCUCCCCUUACAGACUCCUCGAGUCCUCCAAUGAGAACGAUCAGCUGUUCAACUGCACCAUGGACAAGGAGUCCCGGAGACGUUUGACUACAACAGAAGCCUCCCAUGGCAUCUCACCGUACUGCCUCCCAGUCAUCAACAACUUUGUCACCCCUGUGCCUCCCGCCACAAAGAGGAAAGAGAGGGGGGUAAAGGUCACUCCCAGCGGCACGCUCAGAGGCCGCAGACUGCGUCCUACUACCGCCUCCAGCGGAGCUGACGUCAAUGAGGACCCCCCGAUGCUGAGGAGCUCUGUGCACCAGAGCAAAGUGUGUGUGAACAUGAUGUACUUUGGCAAAACGGUGCAUCUCUCCCAUGACCUGACGGACAUGAGGGACGAGGUCAAAGUGUUUCAGCAGCACUGUGGAGGAGAGAACCUCUGUGUUUACAAGGGCAAGCUCCGCGAGGGAGAGACUUUCCAGUUCAUUUCAAGACGGCACAGAGGUUUUCCCUUUAGCUUGACCUUCUUCCUGAACGGGCUGCAGGUGGAGCGGCUGAGCUCCUGCUGCGAGUUCAAACACAGGAAGGGCUCCAGACUUGGCGGCAGGCACGGACACUUUGGCUUCUGCAGAGUAGAGGGAGCCUCUCCCUGCUACAAGUGCAUUAUAGCAAUGGGACUGGACAAAAAGCCCACUCCUCCACCAAAGAGGGUCAAAGAGGAUGGAGUAAGAGAAGAGUCAGCCACCAGCCUAAAGGAUGCUCCUGAGAUGGAGACAGAGAGGACAGAAAGGACAGGAGAGGACGCUGUAUCCCGCUCAGAGUGUGAAACCAGCCAACCACAGGACAUAGAGACUCAAGUCAAAGAAGAAACAGCAGCUGAGGAGGACAGAGUCAAAGAUGAUUAUGAAGAAGACUUUGAAGCAGACGAUGAGGGCCCUGCAGAGGAUGCCGCAGAAAAAGAAAAGAAAUCUUCAUCUCCAUCCAGUGAAACUGAAAGGCAGGAGAAAGAGAGAGACGCCUCUGAGACUGAGGAUGACGAGAAGGACGACGACAUAAAGUCUCGUUCAGGCACUAGUUCUUCAGGCAGCGACCAGGAGGAGAGCGAUGCUGAGGCCACCAAAGACUCCAAAGAGGACGACAAAGCAGAGCAACCGAAAGAGGUCGAUCAAGAUGAAACUGCUGUUCCACCAGAGGAAAACAAAGAUGAACCAAAACCAGAGGCUGAACCUGCUGACACCGAGGCCGAGCCUGCUGUGGCUAAAGACUCAGACCUGCAGGACAGUGCGGGGGACAGCACAGAGAUAGACAUCUCUGACACCAGCGUUCCCUCGGGGAACGACAAUAAACAGAGUGAUGUCACCUCAGGAGAAAAGGAGGUGGAGGAAAAGGUAGAUGGGAGCAAGCAGGAGGAGGAACCGGAGAGGGCCAAAUCUGUGCAGGAGAAGCUGGCGGAGGCCAUACUGAAGGAGUCCCACUGCAGCUCUGAGCCCGAACUGAGCGACACCAGCACUGAGGAGGAGGAGGAGUCUACAGUAAAAGGCCUUGAGGAGGAGAGCAAGGCUGCAGUUGCAGUGAAAUCUGUGACAUUUACAGAAGAGCAACAAACCCUCGUCGAGGACACAAAAUGUCAGAAAGGUGUUGCUGGUGAAGCUCAAAUCGUUCAGGAUUAUAACGAGAUGCCUGAACCAAAAGAACAGGAGGAAAAAACUGAGCAAGAGUCCCACCAGAACAAUGAUAGCACUGAUGAUAAGGUCAAAGUAGAAGAGGAAGAUGAAAAGGCUGCAUCAGACGAAGACAAAAACACAGCAGAGAAUGAUAAAUCAGAGGUCACAGAAGAUACAGGUGCAACUCCUGUGCCUGAAAAGGGAGUGGCUGAGGAUGACAAGACAUCAGAACCUCAAGAUGACGCAGCUGCCAAAUCUGCUGAAGGUGAGGUUACGGAGAAAGGUGAAGAAAACGAGGAGAGAACUGCAGCAGAGGCUGACACACAGCCCAAUGAGAUGGGGCAAGUGGCAAAAAGCAGCGAGGAGGAUGAGUCAUCAGUAUCAGAACUGAAUAAAAAGACUGAUGAUACAGCAGCGCCAGAUAAUGCAGAGGCGGAGGCGACGACAGCGAGCGAGACAAUGGAGAUGAAAGCAGAGCCCUCAGAGGAGCGAGAGGCCCUCAACUGUGAAGAGGCACCUGUAAGCGACACAGAGAAGAGGCAGCAGGGAGACAGCGGGGACCGAGACGCAGCAUCAGAAACAGGAGUCACAGCAGAGAAUUCAAGCAGCUCGUUGGAGGGGAGUCGAGACACCGCUGUUGAAAAAACAGCAGAAAUAAGUGAGGACAAUACAAAAGAUGAGAGUGGUAAAGAUGAUAUUAAAGAAGAGGAAGCAGGGAAGGAGUCAAGUAAGGAUGAUAAUCAACAAGAGAGGAGUGAUCUGGGAGAGGAGCAGACAGAAAAAUCAUCUGUGGAAAUAGAUAAUAAAGUAGAGGAGAAAUGUGAAGAAGAAAAUAAGGAGGAAGAAAAGCAAACAAAUCCCGAUGAGAUUACAGAAGGUGGAAAUAGAGACGAAAGUGAAAAGGAUGAUAAAGAUAAGACAGAAGAAGAGAAUAAUGAGGGUGAAACAAAAAAAGCGAUAGAAAACGAGGAAAAGAUUUCAGAAGGGACUAGAAUUGACUCAAACACUGAAGGAAAGGCGAAUGAAGAACAAGCUGAGAAAACCCACAGCGAGGAAGAAAAAGUUGCGAAUGAAGAGAAGGCAGAUGAAUCAGAAAAGGCAGAGAGAGGCGAAGACAGCGAAUGUUUCAAGGAUAAAAAUGACGAAGAAGAGUCUGAAGAAAAGGGAGCUGAUAAAACGAAUGAGGGUGAAAAGACGAACACAGAUACUGAUGAGGAAAAGUAUGAUGAAAUGGAAAAGGAAGAGAAAUAUCAAAAUGAGGACAAAGACGAGCAAGUUGCAACGUAUAAAAAAGAUGGAAAAUCACAAGUUGUAACGGAUAAAAUUGCAGAGGAAGCAGAAAUAUCUGAGAUAACAGAGGAACCUGAGGAAAGUGCAGAUGCAGACUUGACUAAAGACAAUGUGAAAAUAUCUGAUAAAAAUACUGUUGAGUCAGACAAUGUCGCUGAAAGUGAAGCAGCAAAUGAGUCACAUGGAACCGAAACAACUGAAGAGAAACCAAACAACAUGACAGAAGCUGAAGAUGUUAAGAAAGAGACUGAAGGAGGAAGUGAUGAAAGUGUUAAGGGAGAAGUUGACGCUGAAAAUGGAGAGAUUUCAGCCGGAGCAGAGAACAAAACUCUUGAAGAUGAAGGAGAGGCUCAAAGUGAGGGCAAAGAUGACGCAAAAACAGCAGAGAAGGUCGAAAACGAGAUAAAAACAAAGGAACCUCCUGAGAGUGAGAGCACAGGGGUAAAAGAAGAAACUGUUGAAUCUGGAGAUGGUGUUGAAAAACACGAGGACGACGAGGUCAAUGAGGCCCCUGACACUGAUGUCGUACAACAUGAGGCUAAGCACGGGGAAGACAAUGUGAAAAACCAAGAUGAAAAUGCAAAAAACAACUCGGAGCCGGAGACAUCUGGCAUUGAAAUAAAAGCGGAAUCUAAAUCAGAAGACAAAAAGGACAGUGAUGAAACAGAACAAGAUGAAAAUGGAAACAUAUCUGACCUUGAUAAAGAACACAGUGAUUCAGAUUUGAUGAAAGAGAGCGAUAAUGUCCAGAGUAAUGUCAACAAGGUCAUGACUACCUCUUCAUGUCAUCAGGCACAAUCUUCAACCCCCACAGCUGUGAAUUUGGACGAUACAGCUCACAAUUUAGACGAGUCCAUCGCACCGUCUGACUCCAAGACUGACAAACAUCCACUUGCUGAUGAAAAUGCUGCUACAGUUGACCCUUCUGCUGCCGAUGGAGAAAACGGGGCAGAUACGGAGGAAGCAAGCAAGGUCUCAGAAGAAGGAGCGAGUGUGCUGCUCAAACCUCAAGCACAGUCAUCCCAGCUCACACGAAAAAAUGAUAGCGCAGAAGAGAGCGACGCAGUAAGUAAAGAAACUCCAGAGGCCUUAGUCUUAGAAGACAGCAGAGAUCUGGUUACAAACUGGGUGACCGUGCAUCAAACGUCAAAGUAUUUUGAGACGUUUGUGGAACCUUUAGAAGACUUGAAAGAGUCAACUUCAGACGCUCAAGUAAACUCUAAUGAAGAAGUGACACAAUCUGCAGAGCUGCCGAGAUCAGCGAGUCCACUCAAGAUGGCAAAGACGUCUGAAAAUGCAGAAAAAGAUGUAAAUGAGUUAAGGGAUAAAAGCAAAGAGGAAGUUGUAGAGACAAACCUCGAGAGCAAUCACUCAGAAGAUGGUAAACCGUGUGAGAAAGAAACAAUGCAGGUGGAGGAGACGGAGGUGAAAGACUUGAUACUACAAACAGAGAGUGAACAGAAUGAAAAAGAGUCUGUGAAAUCAGAGGAGCACAAAGGAACCACGGGAUCUCUGGAAGGAGACAAGGUCCAAGACACUGAGCAAACUGACGUUACCACGACUGAAGUGGAAAGCAUUGCAGGUAGUCAUCAUUCUGUAACCAGCAGCAGACCUGAGAGUGUCAAAGAAAACCAAACUGAAGACAAAACAACUGAUAAGGAUGCAGAUUUGGAUGAAAAACAAACAGAAAUCGAGGAGAUUAAGGAUCUACCUUCAUCCAAAACAGAAGAACAACACAAGCAUCCAGCUAGUCCAGAAGGGCUCCCCAAACUGAUAGCGAACAAACAGAAAGAUAUGGACGAAACACACGAAAAAAAUGAUGAACAGAGUCGAGAAGUUACAGAUGUAACUGAUUUUACGACAUCUAGGUCAGACGAUGGAAGCCAGGAGGAGCACCACGAUAAGGACAGCCAGCCCAAACCAUCAGACGGGAGCAUCAACAGAGACAGAGGAGACGUACAGCUGAUCCAAGACAUCAAAGACACUCUCAGUAAGGACCGCCUGAGCACUUUCUCAGUGGAUGAAACACUGUUUGGUCGAAGUUCAUAUCCUUUGCUGACUGCUGCGAGGACAGAGAGUGGACAUUAGAAACUUCCGAGUGGCACUAAGGUACAGUCAUGCUUUACUUGCUUUUGUAGUUUACAAGAAAACAUAUAAAAGCAAAUGGAUAUUUAAAAAAAAACCCUGCAAUAAAACGACCAUUAAGAAGUAGAAAUAUCUGUAGUGAUUAAGAAAUAUUAUUAUGUUUAUUGGCCAAUUUCCAAAACAUGAAUACAAGAUGAUUUAAGUUUUGACAAAG